AUGAUACAAAGAGCGUACGUCACAUCACUUUAUUUACCAGGAUAUUACAACGGUAUUGAGAAAUGUCAUUUACAUCAACCAAACACUUUAUCAAAAGAUAGUAAUUUCCUCAACGAUGUAUCAAAAUGCGAUGUAUGUAAAGGAGCAUUUUUAUACUCAAACAUGAAAUUUGAUGAAGUUCCUUCCAUGUUGCAAAAAUUUUACGUAUAUUUAACUAAAGGGCUCAAAAUACAAAAAGUAUCAUCACUAAUGAGAACGUUAGAUAUUUAUCAAGAGUAUAGUAAUUUCUUAUCCCAUGAUAUUAAUUGGUACACAUUCUUAUUUUUAUUUCGUCUUACAAGUUUCAAAGAACUGGAAAAAUUAAUGAAAGUUGGAACGUUAGAAAAAAUGAAAAAAGCACUCACGUUUUUGGUCCAUGUCAACUCGUUUCUGCAACUAGAUUUUUUCCAUCAAUUGAAUGAACCACCUCUAGGUUUACCAAGAUCGUAUCCUUUAUCGUUAAUUCUCGAACAUAAAUUUAAAGAUUGGAUGAUUAGUUCGCCCGCAGGGUUUUAUUUUUCCAAUUAUCACAAUCCAUAUAUAAGAAAAGAUUUACACGAUAAAGUGUUAUCACAAAAAUUUGAACCUCCAAAAAUGAACCAGUGGAACAAAGUUUUGAAAUCGUUGAUCGAAUGUGCCUACGAUAUGUAUUUUGAUCAACGACAUGUAAAAAAUUUAUAUAAAUAUCAUAAUAUUUAUAAUAUUAAUAAUAAAUUAAUGUUAAUGCGGGACUCCAUGGAUUUGUACAAAACACAUUUUGACGACGUGUUAUUUUUUGCAGAUAUUUUCAAUAUGAGAAAAUAUAUGACUGCUACCCCAACAUAUAAAAAAGUAAAAGAUCGAGUCUACCAUACAUUGCAUAGUAUUAUGGGAAACUCGGUCAAUUUUUACAAUUAUGGUAUUAUUUAUGGAUUUAAAGUAAAUAAAGAAAUAUUGAAAGAAGUAGUGGACGAAUUAUAUUCCAUAUAUAAUUUUAACACAGAUAUAUUUUCAGAUACGUCUUUUUUACAAACAGUUUAUUUAUUAUUUAGAAGAAUAGAAGAAACGUACAGGACACAAAGAAGAGAUGACAAGAUGAGCGUGAAUAAUGUUUUUUUCAUGAAUGUUGCAAAUAAUUAUUCGAAAUUAAACAAAGAAGAACGGGAAAUAGAAAUCCAUAAUUCUAUGGCAUCACGAUAUUAUGCAAAAACGAUGUUUGCAGCAUUUCAAAUGUUGUUUUCAACAAUGUUAAGCAAUAAUGCAGAUCAUCUGGACAAAGCGUAUGGAUUAAGUGAAAAAUAUACAAGUAGCAACAAGUACUUUGUAUGUGAAUAUCAAGCAGUGGCAAGCGCAAAUUUCUACUCGUCAAAAAAAGUGGGUCAGUUUAUUGGCAGAAAAUUUUUACCAAUUACUACUUUUUUUCUAUAUGUCAGACUUAAAGCAUCAAUUGAUUGGGUCCAUGGUAUUGACUGUACCGAUAAAGAACAUAGUACAAAACAUAGUUCUGGUAAUAAUUCUGAGUGUACUGAAGUAAAACCUUCUCCUGGAAGUUUUUUUUUUAAUAACUAUAUGGCUCCUGAAGGAGCACGAUAUUUGUUUUUUUACUUUUUCACAAAUUUAUACCUCGAUGCAGGCAAAAAUUUUCCUGGAGGGUUUGGUCCUGCAAUAAAAGAACAAACUCAACAUGUGAAAGAACACGUACGAACGCAAACCUUCCGUUCAUAG